AUGAAUGUUUUAUUCCCAUUGCACGAAGAAAUCGUUUCAUACCCUCAAACUCAUUUUCCACGCAGAUCUUCUUUCCUCUGCCCUCAGGUGAGUGAAAUUUCACGUGCAUUUCAAUGGCUUCUUCCUUUAUGUACAUCUGACGCAAAAAACAUGGAGUCUUUUCGUCGAUUUAGAAUGUGGGUAUUCGUUUUUCUGUGUUUAAUGUUUCAAUCUGGAAAUGGGUUUUACCUCCCGGGUAGUUACCCUCACAAGUAUGGCAUUGGGGAUGAGUUGUGGGUGAAGGUGAAUUCUCUGACUUCAAUUGACACAGAAAUGCCCUUUAGUUAUUACAGUUUACCAUUUUGUAAGCCUGAGGGUGGUGUCAAGGACAGUGCUGAGAAUCUGGGUGAACUCCUUGUGGGGGAUCGGAUCGAGAACUCGCCUUAUAGGUUUAAGAUGUACACCAAUGAGUCUGAGAUAUUUUUGUGUCAAGUGGAUAAGCUCUCUGAUGACCAGUUUAAGAUCUUGAAGAAGAGAAUUGAUGAGAUGUAUCAGGUUAAUUUGAUACUUGAUAAUUUGCCUGCCAUCAGGUUUACCAAGAAGGAGGACUACUUUUUGAGGUGGACUGGGUACCCUGUUGGUAUCAAGAUUCAGGAUGUGUAUUAUUUGUUCAACCAUCUGAGGUUUAAUGUCCUUGUCCAUAAGUAUGAGGAGACCAAUGUGGCACGUGUAAUGGGCACCGGUGAUGCGGCUGAAAUGAUCCCCACCAUUGGAAAGGAGGGAUCCGAUAAGCCUGGUUACAUGGUUGUUGGGUUUGAGGUCACACCUUGUAGCAUUUUGCACAAUGCUGAUUCAGUUAAAGGGAUGAAAAUGUAUAACAAAUACCCGACGCCGAUCAAAUGUGAUCCGUCCACAGUGGGGAUGCCUAUCAAGGAGGGGAAGCCGGUUGCAUUUACAUAUGAAGUCACCUUUGAGGAGAGUGAUAUCAAGUGGCCAUCUAGAUGGGAUGCCUACUUGAAGAUGGAGGGGGCCAAAGUUCACUGGUUCUCGAUCCUGAAUUCGCUUAUGGUGAUCACUUUUCUUGCUGGUAUUGUUCUUGUUAUCUUCCUGAGGACUGUUAGGAGGGAUCUGACCCGAUAUGAGGAGCUUGAUAUGGAGGCACAGGCACAGAUGAACGAAGAAUUAUCUGGUUGGAAGCUUGUUGUGGGGGAUGUUUUUCGUGCCCCAACAAAUCCUGCUUUGCUGUGUAUAAUGGUUGGGGAUGGAGUUCAGAUUCUGGGGAUGGCUGUUGUCACAAUUUUGUUUGCUGCACUUGGAUUCAUGUCACCAGCCUCUCGUGGAACACUUAUCACAGGUAUGCUGUUUUUCUACAUGAUACUUGGUGUUGCUGCUGGUUAUGUUGCAGUUCGGCUGUGGAGGACAAUCGGCUGUGGCGAUCAGAAGGGAUGGAUUUCCGUGGCGUGGAAGGCUGCUUGUUUCUUCCCUGGUAUCGCCUUUUUGAUCCUCACAACCUUGAACUUCCUCUUGUGGGGAAGCCACAGCACAGGAGCCAUUCCAUUUUCACUGUUUGUUAUACUGAUUUUGCUUUGGUUCUGCAUUUCUGUUCCCCUUACCCUUAUUGGUGGACUCUUUGGAGCAAGGGCACCUCACAUUGAGUAUCCAGUUCGAACCAAUCAAAUCCCUCGAGAAAUUCCCCACCAGAGGUACCCAUCAUGGAUUUUGGUUCUUGGCGCUGGCACCCUUCCAUUUGGUACCUUGUUCAUCGAGCUCUUCUUCAUCAUGUCUAGCAUUUGGAUGGGUCGUGUUUACUAUGUAUUUGGAUUUCUCUUAAUUGUUUUGAUUCUUCUUGUGGUGGUGUGUGCUGAGGUAUCUCUAGUUCUAACCUACAUGCACCUGUGUGUGGAGGAGUGGAGAUGGUGGUGGAAAUCAUUCUUUGCCUCUGGUUCUGUUGCCAUAUACAUCUUUUUGUACUCCAUAAACUACCUUGUAUUUGACCUCAAGAAUCUAAAUGGGCCUGUUUCUGCAACUCUUUACUUGGGAUACUCCUUAUUCAUGGUUCUAGCAAUCAUGUUGGCCACAGGCACAGUUGGAUUCCUUUCCUCAUUCUGGUUCGUCUAUUACUUGUUCUCUUCGGUCAAGUUGGAUUGA